AUGACUACAGCCACGGAAACCCCGUCAAGCGGGACCACCGAGCCGUUUGACAUUGUAGCCACAUACCACAAGCUUCUACGGACAGACCCAGAUCUCACAAUGCCAAUUGCUGCUAUUGAAGCUCUGGUCCUGCUUUUAACACAUUUGCCGUCCUCUACCAUCUCCGAGACCCUUGAUCUGCUGAACAAGCAUACCGAACAUCUCAAACGAUCCAUUCCCAAUCCGAUAGGCCUUUCAGCCGGUACAGAUCUCUUCCAGCGCUACUUGAUCUCUACGCUGCAACGGCCUGGAAAGCUAGGUCCUGCAGGUGACUUCAAUGCCAUCAGGGCUCACCUGCUAUCGAACGGACGGUUAUUCAUAAAGCGAGCCAAGGAAAGCAGAGAUAAGAUAGCAGCGUUUGGAAGUGGGUUUGUCAGAGAUGGCAGCACAGUAUUGACAAAUGGAGGGUCGCGGGCGGUUGGCGCCAUGCUGCAGAAAGCUGCUGGCGAGGGAAGCCAGGGGGCCCCAGCCGUUCGGUUUCGCGUGAUCUACGUCCUUCCAAACGGCCACAGCCAUGAGAAGUCACGAGACGCUGUGCCGGAAGGAAUGGAUACGGUUGAAGUUCUUCGCUCAAAGGGUGUUCCUGUUGCGACUGUGCCUGAAUCUGCGGUUGCGUACUCUAUGGGUAUGGUGGACACGGUGAUUGUUGGCGCCGAGGGUGUUGUUGAAAACGGCGGCAUCAUAUCCCGCAUGGGGACAUAUCAAAUGGGCCUACUUGCAAAGGCGAUGGGGAAACCGUUCUAUGUCGUUGCCGAGAGUCAUAAGUUUGUGAGACUCUUCCCUCUUGGACAGUACGAUUUACCGGUCGACCAACGGGUUAUCGACUUCAAGACCACGACGAGCGAUAAGAAAAGCUCGCAGCCUUCGGACCCGAAAGACGAGCAACGACUAAUCCCUGACAUCGUGGACUAUACACCUCCGUCGUUAAUAACAGCCCUCAUCACGGAAGCCGGUGUCCUCACGCCCAGCGCUGUUAGCGAAGAACUAAUUAAAAUCUGGUUCUGA